AUGACAGACCAGAACCCCUCCACAAACCCAGUCACCAUCGUGGUUGAGCAUUUGGACCCUGAAUUGGGGGCUUGGUCGGCCUUGGAAUAUGGCUGCAUCGCUCGCGAAUCGCAUGCGGCUGGCAGCCGAUUUCUCCUUAGUUCAGUGCCCACCUCCCUGCAGAUGCCAGAAGAGUUGGCCGCGACAGAAGGGUUACAAGUCGAGCACCGCAGUAUUGAAGAGAUUUUUGCGGAUCGAAAGUCUAAGGUUUGUCUGUUAGACCCCGCGGCUCAGGCUGAACUGAGCCCCGCCGAUGGAGAAAUUUUUGAAGUGUUCCUUUUCGGGGGCAUCCUUGAUCGCACGUCCGAAUUGAGAAAGAAGGGUUAUGCUGGAAGACGACUCGGUCCCAAACAGAUGACCACUGAUACAGCCGUGCGCGUCACCCGCAUGGUUGUGCAUGAGAAAGUACCCCUAGAGAAGAUCCAGUAUAUCGAUCACCCGGAGAUUCUAAUCAGUGAGCAUGAACGAACUGAGAUGCCCUUCCGCUACGUGAAAGGUGAUGAUGGACAACCUAUCAUGCCUCAGGGGAUGGUUGAUCUUAUCAAAAAGGACGCCGACCAGGGCAUUGAUAAUCUUUUCUGA